AAUAAAAAUAUAAAGAAAGAAAGCGCAAAGACCAUAAGAAAUGGAGAAUUAAAUAAUUAAUGAGAGAGAGAGAGAGAGAGAGCCAGCUGCUAAGCAGAUUCGUUUUCAGUUCCUAGCAGCUACCCGUCCGUACAACGCAACACGCCAAUGGACUGGAGGCGCAGGACCAAGAACAAGAAGCACCACCCUCCUCCUCCGCCGCAGCCGCAACCGCAACCGCAACCGCGCUUGGAGCGUCUUAACGCCAAAAAAGGCAUCAAUUACCAACCACCACCUUCUCCUCCUUCACCAUCUUCUUCUUCUGCUUCCGUUUCUUCUUCUUCUCUCUUGGAUCACCAAACCAGCUUCCGCCUCUUCGGCUUCGACGGCGAGUUCGACCGCAUCUUCCAGACGCUGGGCCUCUCCGGCCCAGAAGACUUCUCCAUCCCCACCGCAGAUUGGGAGGCCCGCAAGGCCCGCUUAUCAGGGCCCACCACUCCUCCUCCUCCUCCUCCUCCUCCUCACGCGCUUCCCACUUCCCUUCAAGAUGACGCCGUUUCGCUUCCCGUUGCGGUUUCUUCUUCCUCCCCCUGGUCUUCCGGGGAGCACAACGUGGGUACUAGGGGCAGUGUCGGUAGAUUGAAUUUGAGACACGGCGAAAGGAGCGUGCUUUUCACCGAUUCCAGUUCCUUCACCACUUCCCACGACGAUGACAGUGAUGUUGGUUGCGAGAGGGAGAGGGAGAGGGAGAGGGCUUGUUUGGCUCCUAAUUCUGCACCCGCUGAUGAGUUGGUUAUUCCGUUUAACUCCUCCGGCGAGUGGUUCAGACAGACCUUCACCUCGUGGCAGAAAGGUGACGUCUUGGGAAAUGGGUCCUUCGGAACUGUCUAUGAAGGCUUCACUGAUGAUGGAUUCUUUUUUGCGGUAAAGGAGGUGUCUUUGCUGGAUGAAGGUAGCCAGGGAAAGCAGAGUUUUUUCCAACUUCAGCAGGAAAUAUCUCUUUUGAGUAAGUUUGAGCAUAAAAACAUAGUUCGAUAUUAUGGCUCAGACAAGGACAAAAGUAAACUAUAUAUCUUCCUUGAGCUUAUGUCAAAAGGGUCCUUAGCAAGUCUCUAUCAAAAGUACCGUUUAAAUGAUUCACAAGUUUCUGCAUACACAAGGCAGAUUUUAAGUGGCUUGAAGUAUCUUCAUGAUCAUAAUGUGGUCCACAGGGAUAUCAAGUGUGCUAAUAUACUGGUUGAUGUAAGUGGGCAAGUCAAGCUUGCAGAUUUUGGGUUGGCAAAGGCAACGAAAUUUAAUGAUGUUAAAUCAAGCAAAGGCUCUCCAUACUGGAUGGCCCCUGAGGUUGUUAACUUAAAGAACCAAGGUGGUUAUGGGCUAGCAGCUGAUAUAUGGAGCUUAGGGUGUACCGUUUUGGAGAUGUUGACAAGGCAGCCUCCUUAUUCUGAUUUGGAAGGAAUGCAAGCAUUAUUUCGAAUUGGCAGGGGUGAACCUCCACCUAUUCCUGAAUAUUUAUCUAAGGAAGCCCGAGAUUUCAUUCUUGAAUGCUUACAAGUUAACCCAAACGAUCGUCCAACUGCAGCUCAGCUAUUUGGUCAUCCAUUUCUAAGGAGAACAUUUCUAUCUCCCUUAAGUUUUGCUUCUCCACACAGGAAUAUCUAUCGGCUAUAACUUGUAAGAGUUCUAAAUCACCUCUUAGAAUUGGCACUGAGAACUUCCAAGUUUAUCCUCUAUUUUUCUGAAGUUUAUCCAUACACAUCUUGGGUUUACUGGUGGAAUGCCCAGGACAAGUUUAAUGGGUUUGCAGAUAUCUGCCGGAGUUGGACCUUAUUUCAAUGACUUCAUCUUGUCCUGCCAUCCCACCACGUUGAUCCCAUGCGGAAGGUUGGUUCAUUGAAAGGGGAGAAUGCAUUAUCAAGUGUUUCACAAAGAUAAACUUUCACCUUUAUGCUAAAUGAGAGAGCAGUGCCUUUUUUGGAUCCCAGUGUGGAUCUAAGUAUGACUGGAUUGAGGGAAUGGAAAAUUAGGAAGGAGAAGGACCUUUUCAUUUCCAACUGGUUGCUCUUUAAGGCAGAAGCAUCCACCAGGAGAUUGCCAUGGUGAACAGUUGUCAGUCAUCUGGCACAAAGUUGUCGGGCCACGUUGCUUGUACUCAUUUGAUCCUAUCAAGAGCUCAUGUUCUUGCUUAAAAAAUUGUAAAUCAGGAGCUCAUGCUCAUGUUCUGUCGAUCCUAUCAGCAGGCUGCUGAUACCUGGUCUCAGCUGUGACCCGCCCAACAGGUAAAUACUCAGGAAAGGGGCGCGGGUGCAAGCAAUGUGCUAUCAGAGCAACAAAGCAAGUACAAGUUUUGGAUUUUUUUUUAUUCCCCUUAGCACAAUUAACCAGGAUAUAAUUGUAAUACUUUUUUUUUCUUUUUCAAGGAAUUACCAUUUGUAUUUAUUUUUCAUUUUCUGUAAAAUGAUGGCACUUGUAUAAUUUCUUUAUUACAUGAAAAUUGUUGAUUUAUUGAUAAAAAGUAAACAGUCUAUUAAGUUCA